AUGACAAGACAGCCAUAUUUUAGAUGGUUGGGUCCCACUGCCAUUGCCCCACCUAAAGAUGGAACAUUUAGAUUACUGUCAGUGAAUCUUGUUUCGGACGAGCCAGAUAAUGGUGGUAAAUAUGUUGUUGUAGAGCGCCAGGAUAAACAGUCUUUGUACAGCAAGUCCAGCAGGUCACCGACGAUACCAGUCCGAGAACAAAUUGACACUAAAGCACAAUCUUACGCCGAAAACCUGCCACCGCCGCCCAAAAGCUUGUACAAGUUGUUUAAUGACAAAAUGGCAAACUUUCUACCCUAUUUACCUCAUGAUAUUUUUGAAGAGCGACUGGCUGAUGGUGUUAUUAGCGAAUGCCUGUUGUUCGCCAUGGCAUCGUUGGCUGAACGAAUGGCAGCAAAUUCUCGAAAAGAAUACGAUAGUAUUGGCGAAGAGAAUGACAAAUCUCAAGAUAAUACCGAAGGUACUGAUGAAAUUUCACUAGCCGAAAAGUACGCAGAAGCAGCUAAACGAUUGAUUAUUCCCCAUUUGUCAUGUCCCAGUGUGGAGAUUGUUUUUGCUCUUCUGUUAAUAGCAUACUGUGAAUUUGGCGAUGAUAGAGAUUCGGGUUUAUGGUCAUGGUCCGGUAUGGCUAUUCGUAUGUGUUAUGAUCUGGGUCUCCAAAAGGCAAAUACCAAUGAACCCGACUCGUGGUUCUCUAGAAAUGUAUUCUGGUCUGUUGUUUGUUUGGACAGGCUCAUAUCAUGUGGUACUGGUAGAGCUACUACUAUACCGGACUCCGUUAUUGAAUAUGAACUCCAGCCAAGAUGGGUCAAAGAUUCUGAUGGAAAGUCUCGAUCUGAUCCGUUUCCAUACCUCUGUAAACUAUUGUUAAUAGUUGGAAAGGUAUCGAAUUAUUUGAACUCGUGUGCUGAAAGCGAUGCUCAAAAGCUGAUGUAUAAUAGUAAAAUUGGGCAUCCACUGUCCAGAAGCCAGAUUGACAUGAUUGAAAAGUUCUCUGCAUUUCAACAAGAAGUCAGUGACUUCUAUACCAAUCUACCUCCAGAUCUGUUGUUUGAUGUGCAGAACUUUCAAUGUUUUGCAAAAAUCAAGUGUUCUCCCGUAUUCCUUCUAUUACACAUCUGGAACCAAGCAUUAGUUCUUGCUGUGCAUCAACCGUCAUUAGUGUAUCCCAAGUGUCAGCUUGAUAUCACUGGACUAGACCAAUAUCCACAUGCUGAGCUGACAGGUUCUGGAGCAAUUAGCAUUGCUGAUAUGGUCACAUUUGCAGAUCUGAUUGAGCCGGACUCAUUUCUAGCAAAUCCAUUUCUCUCGCAACCUAUUUUUAUGGCAGCAUGUGCUUCACUAACACUCCGAUUCUCUUUAAGAGCACCGUACCAAUCACAGCCCAUCUACAAGCUUGAAAGGACAUACAAUACAUGUCGUCAAACGCUCAACCGUAUGGAGACGAUAUGGAGAGGAAUCUCAUGGCACAGUCGAACAUUAGACUCUCUUGCUGCAUCAGAACCUGACGUGGACCUGACCAUCAAUUCAAAGGUUUAUGUCACAACAAAAGACUUAGGGGUGGUCAGGCGGGCUUCAGUUGACGAAGCCACUCGAGACUGGUUGGCUGGUGAAAUCCGAGGAAGACAGGUUGAUGAUAUCUACGGUAUGUUCAUAGCUGGUACGAUUGACGGGGGCGUCGGGAACAACCAAUAUGAAACGUCGCCAUCUAGCACAGGAACUGAGCCUCGGAGCGAUGGAUUUCACGACAUUGGAAACAGACUCAAUGAAAACGGCAUGAUGCUAUUUGAUUCGCCACAACCCACUAGUAACACUACCUUGAUUGAGGAAAUUUUCAAAAUUUUUUGA